AUGCAUUUCUUUGCGGGCACACGAAGCCCAAGCCUCCUGUUGGUCUUUAUGGCUUUAAUCUUGGUCUUUGGUGGGGGAACCGAUGCCACUGGCUUGCGUCUGCGUCACUCGAGAAGAUCCACCUCACCGCUGCCACCGGUGAGCACUACACCCACCACAACGACAGCAGAGGAGGCACCGCCACAAACAGUGGUGGAGGAGGAGAACCCCAUCCACGUGACGGAAGCUGAGCCCGAGGCGGAGAUCACCACGGGCAAGCACAAGCGUGGCAUUCUGCAUGGAGGAGCAGCUUCAGGUGGCCACUGGCCCGCACGGACUUAUGCUGCCCAUUAUGGCUAUAGCCUGCAGUUGCCUGGAGGCAGUGCCUUCCUGGCCGCCGCUCCCUCUCAGAGGCAUUUCAUCAAGUAUGGACAUGGACAUGGACUGCGUCCCCUAGUGGCUGGCUCCGGUCUCCUGGCUCAGGCUACAGGAUUGGGAGGAGCUCUCCUUCCUGCUGCUGGGCUUACACCUGCUCUGUCUGGUGUCCUGCCUGGUGCGUUGCCAGCUGCCCUGCCCACUGGAGUGGCUAGUGUUAUACCUGGUGGUGUGGCCACCGCUUUGAGUGGUGUUCCAGCGGCCCCACCCUCGUAUGUCCUGCGUCCAGGCAAUGCUUUGGUUUCCUCGUACAGUGUCAAUUAUCCCCAUCAGCAUUUGCAAAAGCCGGUGGUGUUCCAAACGGCAGUGAAGCCAUUGCAUUUCCAUGCUCCUGCGGUCCAUGGUCAUGGUCAUGUCCAUGCCGUGCAGCCCACCUAUGUCCAAGCGUUUGCUCCCACUGCUCCAGCUGUGCCUGUCCAGCCUGUGCAACCUCCCGUUCAGCCGGUAACCCACAUUCAGCCACUGCAACCCGUGACUCCAGUUCAACCUGUCCAGCCUGUGCAGCCCACGGUAACCUUUGGAGUUCACCCUGUGCAGCCAGUGCAGCCCGUACAACCCCUCCAGCCUGUGCAGCCCAUCCAGCCCUCCGUAACCUUUGGCAUUCCCUCGGCCCCGCCAGCUGUUGAUGUCCCAGCGAUACCCCAGUUUCCGGUAGUUCCCACCUUCAGUUUCCAGCCCCCUCAACCCGCCCAGCCAGUGCCUGCCCAACCGGCGAUUCCAGCUGCUCCCGAGGCUCCAGAGGUUCCUCAGAUACCUCAAAUCCCAGCUAUACCACAGAUUCCCCAGAUUCCUCAGAUUCCCCAGUUCCCCGGAUUGCCACAAUUUCCCUUCCCAGGCUUCCCACAGAUUCCACAGUUCCCUCAACAGCCAGCAGCACCGGCCGUGCCUGCAGUGCCUGCUGUUCCCUCGGUGCCCAGCUUUCCCAAUCCUCCGACGACCAAUCAGUUCUUUCCGGCUGCUCCACAGCCACCAUUGACCCAGCAGCCGCCGACUUUCAUCCAGCCAGAGGCGCAGUUUCCUGGGGGAAUUGUUCCUCUGCCAGGAUCCCAACCCGCUCCAGAAUCCGGCACCGGCAUAGCUUCCCCACAGAUCCCUCAGUCACCUCAGCCACAGCCGGAGCCACAGCCAGAGCCAGAGUUGCCGCCAGUACCAUUGCCCACCCAGAGACCCAGCCAGCAGCAGCCCUGGAAGCCAGUUUUCUAUCAGCCACCCGCCGAAUCCUCGCCAGCUUCACCCAAUCGUCCAUCGAUCACGCUGCUGCCCCCAUAUGGCAGAUCGCCAGCUGAAGGUUACCUGCCACCUGUGGGCUCUCAGCCGUCGCCAUUGAGCUCUACUAGCGCCGGUGUGGGCAGCCAGGGCGGUAUCUUUGACCAGCUAAGCGAUGCCGAGCUGGAGCACAUCUUUGCCCAGGCCCAUGUGGCGCAGCAGCAGCAGCAGCAGCGUCAUAAUUACCAUCACUACUAG